CUAACACUGCAAGAACCAAUUCCUUCUUAGCUAGUCCAGUAAGUUGACGUGCAACACAAUACCGCUUUCUCUGCCGGCUCUUCCUCUCUCUUAUUACAUUUCUUGUAAUUAUUACAACUGUCUAUUCUUCUUUAAAAAACCAAAAAUGGGUAUUAUAUAAAAAUUCCCGUUUCUGCUGCAAUAUAUUUACAAAAUCUAAUCUCCUUGUUGUGACAGAGAGAGUUAUCAGGCAUGGUGAAAGUAAUUUUUCUGCUAGUUCUUGUAGUAGCAGUAAUCAUCGGUCCUGUUUGCGGCGGAGAUGUAACGUAUGACGGCAGAUCUUUGAUCGUUGAUGGGCAGCGCAGGCUUCUCUUCUCCGGUUCUGUUCACUAUCCACGAAGCACGCCUGAGAUGUGGCCAUCUUUGAUAGCUAAAGCGAAGGAUGGAGGCAUCGAUGUGAUAGAGACAUACGUGUUUUGGAACCUGCACGAGCCUCAGCCUGGUCAGUAUGAUUUCAGUGGAAGACGGGACAUCGUUAGAUUUGUUAAGGAAAUCCAAGCACAAGGCCUCCACGCGUGUCUUAGGAUUGGACCUUUUAUUCAAGCUGAAUGGUCUUAUGGAGGGCUACCAUUUUGGCUGCAUGACAUUCCAGGCAUUGUUUAUCGAUCAGAUAAUGAACCUUUCAAGAGUCAGAUGCAAAAUUUUACUACAAAAAUAGUGAAAAUGAUGCAAUCAGAGGGUUUAUAUGCUUCACAAGGAGGUCCAAUCAUACUAUCACAGAUUGAGAACGAGUAUGGGAUGGUGGAAGAAGCAUUUGGGGAGGAAGGGCAAGCAUAUGUCAAAUGGGCAGCACAAAUGGCUGUGGGACUCAACACUGGGGUGCCAUGGGUUAUGUGCAAGCAAAAUGAUGCUCCUGAUCCCGUGAUCGAUUCAUGCAACGGAUUGAAAUGUGGAGAGACAUUUGUUGGGCCUAACUCCCCAAAUAAGCCUGCAAUUUGGACAGAGAACUGGACAACUCGCUAUGUGAUAAAUGGGGAGGAUAUAAGGACAAGAUCAGUGGAGGAUAUUGCAUAUCAGGUUGCACUGUUCCUUGUUGCAAAGAAUGGAAGCUUUGUCAACUAUUACAUGUAUCAUGGAGGAACCAAUUUUGGCAGAACAGCCUCUGCAUUUAUACCACCUAGUUAUUAUGAUCAAGCACCUCUCGAUGAGUAUGGAUUGGUUAGAGAACCUAAAUUUGGUCAUCUGAAGGAGCUACAUGCUGCAAUUAAGCUGUGUUCAACUCCUCUACUAUCAGGAGUGCAAGUCUAUAUAUCUCUAGGCCAACAACAACAAGCCUACGUGUUUAAUGGACAAUCAGGAGAAUGUGCAGCUUUUCUAGUCAACAGUGACACAGAAAAUGAAGCUUCAGUGCAAUUUCAAAAUGGUUCAUAUGAUUUGCCUCCAAUAUCUAUUAGCAUCUUACCUGACUGCAAAAAUGUUGCCUUCAAUACUGCUAAGGUAAACAGUCAAUAUGGUACCAGAAGUAUGGUGAGAAGCAAGUUACUGGAUGGGGGAGAAACAUGGGAAGAAUUCCAUGAGCCAAUUCCCAAGUUUGAUGAUACUUCAAUCAAAUCAGAAACCAUAUUGGAGCAAAUGAGUACUACUAAAGAUGCAUCUGAUUAUCUUUGGUACACUUUCAGGUUUCAAAAAGAGUCCUCUGAUUCCCAAGCAGUACUCAAUGUGAAGUCUCUUGGCCACGUUCUCCACGCAUUUGUCAAUGGCCAAGCAGCUGGAUCUGCUCAAGGAAGUCAUAAAACUCCACGUUUCAAUCUCCAAAGUACAGUACAUUUGGUUGGAGGAAUUAAUAAUGUCUCCUUACUAAGUGUGAUGGUUGGAUUGCCGGAUUCAGGAGCACAUAUGGAGAGAAGAUCAGCUGGACUAAGUAGGGUGAUUAUUCAAGAUAAACAGGGUAAUAAUAAGGAUUUCACCAACCAUUCAUGGGGAUAUCAGAUAGGAUUACUGGGGGAGAAAUUACAAAUUUAUACAGACAAAGGUUCAACCCAGGUCCAGUGGCAAAAGUUUUCCAAUCCUUGGAAUUCACCUACAUGGUAUAAGGCAUUAUUUGAUGCACCUGCAGGAGAAGUUCCAGUUGCUUUAAACCUUGGUUCUAUGGGAAAGGGUGAAGCUUGGGUUAAUGGCGAAAGCAUUGGAAGAUACUGGCCCUCAUAUCGCUCCCCAGAUGGUUCUUCACAGAUAUGGUACAAUGUGCCAAGAUCUUUCCUGAAACCAACGGGGAACCUAUUAGUUGUAAUGGAAGAAAUGGGUGGGAACCCACUUCAAAUAUCAGUGGAUACAGCCACAAUCUCACAAGUUUGCAGCCAUGUGACUGCUUCUCAUCCUCCUCCUGUGUCCACAUGGAUAGGGCAUUAUUACCAAUACCAAAUACCUAAUAAACUGAAUACCAACAUUAAGCACAAAGGCAGAAGACCCAAAGUUCACUUAGAUUGUCCUUUACAUACCAAGAUUUCUAAUAUUUCAUUUGCAAGCUAUGGAACCCCUCUUGGUAACUGUUCUUCUACUUUUGGUGUUGGAAUGUGUCACUCAUUUGCUUCCAAAGCCAUUGUUGAGAAGGCAUGUGUAGGGCAGAGGAGAUGUACAAUUCCUGUAUGGAAUAGAUACUUUGGUGAAGAUCCAUGUUCAGCCAAUGAAAAAUCUUUGUUGGUUGUUGCUGACUGCCAAUGAAAAGUAGUCUUAAUUUCAUGCCAUUUCUGGGUUGGAAUGAUUUAGAAGUGUAUGAAUUUAAUAUUAUCUUUUUGGAAAUUAAUUUUUCCAACCCAAUUACUGA